CGGGUUUCUCGCCUAAUUUAGUCGCUCUGGCAACAGCGGUUUUAACGCCGCUCUUCGUCAUCCAUCCAGUUGGCCGGUUUAGUGUUCCUGGUGCAUCUAGGGGGGCUGCGCAAUCAGCAGCAGCACACUCAGUGACUACCAUGGUAAACGCAGUCAAACCCUCUCAAGGUCGCAAAACGACUCGAGCUGCAAGUUAGAACCGCUGGCGCCAUCUGCCGGCGUAGCCCCAAUGACGCCCAAGCGUUCCCCUAACUGCCCACACCAGCUGCAAGUGCUCAACUUCCAGCCCACAGAUGUCACCCCCUGUGCCAUCGUGCGUCUAUUGGGGUUGACGAGUCCCUCUCGCUCGCUCUCAUGCCCCGACCCUGAGUUCAUCACACUCACUCUCAAGGGAACGUCGCGCCAGCUGCCGGCACGCAGGCGAUUUAAGGCGCUUUUGGAGGUGGCGGAGGGCCGCAAUGACGUCAUCCUGCAGUUCGGCUGCCGCCGACUGGAGGUUCGGUUGGACCACGUGCCUCCAAACUCACUUUUCACUGUGCUGCCCCUGUAUGUGAUCUGUGCGGGCCACAGUGGGGAGUUUCAGGCCCCCCCAACGGAGAACUGCGACCCGCAGAGCGCCUGCCGCCGCAUCCACCUCGCCUCCAAACUCCUCCAGACCUUCACUGCCGAAAAACUGCAGGAAACCGGCUUGGGCCGCCGCACCUUCACCCUGGAGGACCGCUGCCACGUCUUCCGCUCCGCCCUCCCUGCAGAGGAGGCGCGCCGCAUGUCGCAGGAGGCGCUCUGGACCCGAAUCGGCCGCGACAUCAUGCGCUCUCCUCUUCGCUCUCAGCGCCGCAAGUAUCUGGCGUUUCUCUCCUGCACACGCUACGACGGCCUCCGGUUCACCUCCGAGCUGACAACCCAUGAGGACGCCCUCAAAAUCACCGAAGCCUACGUGGCGUUGGGAGGAGGAGGGCUGGCGCUGUUCGGCUCCGCCUCCCUCCACUCCUGGCCCGAGGCCUUUGAGGAAAUCGCCCCCCGCUUCCUGGACGCCACGCCCAUCGACCCGCGCCAUCUGCUGGACGACAGCUGCUACCGCGGAACGCUGGGCGCCAGUUUCUCCACCACUUUGGGCGCAGUUCUGCACGAGUUGUUCCACUGUUUCGACUUGGGGCACUCGAGAGGGGGGGUAAUGGGGCGGGGCUUCGACCAGAUCAGCCGCUUCUACGUCUGCGCGGACGAGGGGGAGGAGGCCGAGGGGGAUCGCACGCCCCUCGAGCGGAGCUGCGCAGUGCUGCUGGCUUACCAUCGGUGGUUGGGCGGGUCCGCAGGUGCUGCGCGGGAGGUCAGUUUGGUCUACGACGCGCAUAGCGGGGCGGUCAAGGCGACGGCAGGCAUUCGGGUGGUGGAAUUGAGGAGGAGGGAGGAUCAGCUGAUUGGGCGCAGCUGGACGUUCGAGGGGAGGGUGCUGCGCCACUUCUUCCAGCUGCCGCCAGAGGCGCGGCUGGCGCCGUUCCUGCUGGUGGUGGAGGACAAUUGCGGCAACAUUCUCAAGCAGGAGGCGCAGUGACUCUGCAAGAACUGACCAUGCAAAUAAAAGUAUUUUUUCAACAA